CUCCUUCUUGACACAAAGUGAUGUAGUCAGAUGAUAGUUUCUAUACAAUUUUCAGUUUCAUUGAUUCUUGUGUUAAAUUGCCAAUAUUAAAUUGUUUAACAAGCCAAAAUUUUCAAAAAUGUAAUUAAAUGUGCAAUAAAGUUUACCAUUUGCUAAUCUCGUAUUGGUGCAUCUCAUUCAUUUUCCACCCUUUUUAAAGUUUGAUGACUAUGAUUGCUUCUAAUUAUUGAUUAUACUUCAACUUUUUCACCGACUUGAUGUACCAAACUUCAAAUUUUUAAGCUACAAAUUUUCGGGGAAAAAAGGAACUCAAAUAUUUUACAGCAUAAUGAUCAAGGCGGUGAUUUUAAUAGGUGGUCCUCAAAAAGGGACUCGGUUUCGUCCAUUGAGUUUUGACACUCCUAAACAUUUAUUCCCUGUUGGUGGAAGACCUAUGGUCCAGCAUUUGAUUGAAGCUUGUGCCAAGGUUGAUGGAUUGAAAGAAAUAUUUCUUCUGGGUUACUAUCAAGUGGAUAAUUCCUUAAAUUCAUUUAUACGGAACAUGAUGGCCGAAUAUAAUGUAAACAUACGAUAUUUACAAGAGUAUACAACUUUGGGUACUUGUGGUGGUAUAUAUCAUUUUAGAGAUCAAAUAUGUCGACACAAUCCAGAGGCAUUUUUCUUGAUUAAUGGUGAUGUCUGUGGGGAUUUUAAUCUACCCGCCAUGUUGAAUUUCCAUCGUUCCAUUCCUAAGUCUGAAGAAGGGGCCAUGACUGUGAUGGUGACUGAAGCAACUCGUCAACAAUCAUUAAAUUAUGGAUGUGUUGUCGAAGAAAAAGAAACUCAUAAGAUUCUUCACUUUGUUGAAAAACCGUCCACUUUUGUUAGUACCAUUAUCAAUUGUGGUGUCUAUCUAUGUCCCUUGAAUAUUUUCAAUCAAGUUGCCGCGGUUAUAAAGGCCAAACAAGAAAGUAAUACUUCGGAAACUGGAGACGAAAGAUAUGCUGAUGAUUAUUCUGAUCUCAAUAUAAGCAAAACAAAUGAUGAUCUACCUGAAAUAUUGAGCUUAGAAGAAGACAUUUUAACAAGGUUAGCAGGAACUGAUCAUCUUUACGCUUUCCAUACCAAUCAGUGGUGGUGUCAGGUGAAAACAUCUGCUUCAGCAAUUUAUGCCAAUAGAAAUUAUCUGAAAUUGUACAAAGAAAAUCAAUCGCAAUUUUUAUCUGCCAAGUCGCAAGAUGGACCCGAAAUUAUUGGCGAUGUUUGGAUUGAUUCCAAAGCUGACGUCGAUCCUACAGCAACGAUUGGGCCGAAUGUAACUAUUGGCCCAGGCGUUAGAGUUGGAGCGGGAGUCAGGAUCAAAGAAUCAAUUAUCUUGAAAGAUGCUAUGAUUGGUGAUCAUUCAUUGAUCCUACAUUCCAUCAUUGGAUAUAAUACAGUUAUCGGAUGUUGGACUAGAAUCGAAGGAACACCAAGUGAUCCAAAUCCUGAUAAAGCAUUUGCCAAAAUGGAAAAUCAGACCUUAUUUAAUAAAGAUGGAAAACUUAAUCCCUCUAUAACCGUUUUAGGCUCCAAUGUUCAAGUACCUUCUGGUUUAUUAGUUUUGAACUCAAUUGUCCUACCGCAUAAAGAACUUGGUCGCAGUUAUCGGAAUGAAAUUAUUUUAUGAACAGUUGUUUUUUAUUACAUGCUGAAUGAAAAACACAUCAUCUAUGUCCUUAUCAAUUCAAAAUGUUUGAUCAAAAACAUCAAUUGAUGAAUAAAACAUUUAUCUAGUUUUCUUAACGAGUUAA